CGUGCCCAUCCCACCUGCCAUCCCACCUGCAUCCCACCUCACCAAACCACAACCACCACCACAAACCACACGAUGUCGACGCAAGCCCCCAUACCCGCCAACCUGACCGCCGCGCAAACCCCCAAAUGGGAGCUCGGAGUCUCGCUACUCCUCAACUUCUGGCCGCCGUUGACGGACGCGGUAGCGUGCCAGUGGGGCGGCGCCGACAGCAGCGACAAGCGCGACUGGCUCUGCGGCACCAUCGCCGACCUGUGGAGCAGCAUUCCGGACGCCGACGAGUACGAGGUCGAGAGCACGCUCGUCCAGGUCAUGGAAGACGAGUUCGAGGUUGCGCUCGAGGACGACAGCGCUUACGAGGUCGCGAAGAAAGUCGUCGACCUGCGGAGGCAGAUCGCUGAAGACAACUUCUCUGCCGUCGACGCGCUGCAUCAGCGGUUCCUGUCGAAGCCGAGGGGACAGAUGAUCUUGCCGCCGAGGGUGGAAGCCGUCGAUCAGGAUGCUGGCUCGAGUGAUGAGGAGGACGACGACGAGGAUGACGAUGAGGAGAUGGGUGAUGCGCCUGCUGCUGCUGCGCCUGCGCCGAAGGAGAGAGAGGAGCCCGAGGUCGAUCAGGAUGGUUUCGAGACUGUGAGGAGGCGCAAGAGGUAGUGGCCUUAAUCGGCCACUGGGGGUCUUCGAUACGGAUGUGAGGGUACUUCUAUGGGCGUUAUGGGGCAAUAAAAGUGUAUAGAAACGAACGUAUUCCAUUGGGGUGGUUGUUACUGUGCAGUGGGUUUGUG